AUGACUGGAAUUGUUGUCCUGAUGGAUUGUACGUACAACCACCUUAAGUGCAUGAUAUAUUCUGUGAUGAAAGUAAGUGCAUCAACUCAGAGAGUAAAAAUACAAUAUAGAGUGAAGAAAAACCUGCCUUUAAUGGAGAUUUCAGAUAAUAUUUCACUAACAUUUUAUUUGGAGCUGAAGAGAAAGGAUAAAGAUCGUGCAAGCUUUCCAUUGUGCGUAAAUGUGACAACGUUUUGUGAAGCUGUAACUGAUAAUUCUAUGACAUCAGCUCAAAAAUUACCUAGUAUGGAAGAAAUUGCGAUUGAUGUAUACAAUAGUAUGUCGAAAGUUGGAAAAACGACGAAUGAAGGAGGAAGUGAUAUCAUUUCAAUGGUCACUAUGGAUGGAAUUUCAAAAGAAAAAGUGUUCAGGAACAAGACAUUGGUUAAGAGAAAGCUUCAAGACUUGGUGGAACUGAUAUAUUCAAGACUAUCGAUGAGCUAUGAGAAAGUUUGGAGAUCUAAGAAGAAAGCAUUGGAAUUAGUGAGAGGAGAUCCCACAGAGUCAUAUGAAAAGCUUCCAGAAUACUUGUACAUAAUAGAACAAACAAAUCCUGGAUCAGUUACAAAAAUUGAGACAUAUCAAGACAACAAAUUCAAGUAUCUCUUCAUGGCAUUAGGAGCAUCUAUUCAAGGGUGGAAGUAUUGUAGACCAGUUAUAGUAAUAUAUGCUACAUUUUUAAAAGGCAACUAUGGUGGAACACUAUUCACUGCAUGUACGCAAGAUGCCAACAACAAUAUCUUCAUAUUAGCAUUUGGAGUUGGCGAUUUAGAAAUCAAUGAUUCAUGGGAGUGGUUCUUAAGUAUGUUAAAAGAAGCAUCUGGUGAGCGAGAAGGUUUGUGUAUAAUCUCAGAUGGACACGCAAGCAUAAAAAAUGCAAUUCACAAAGUGUAUGAGAAUGCAAUGCACGAUUUAUGUUCCUAUCACUUACUAAAGAACUUGAAGUCUUCUUUUGGUGGGAAAAAAGGGGGAAAGAAUAUUGUAGAACAUUUCAAUAGGGCUGUAAGAGUAUAUUCUAAGAUUGAUUUUGAGUUCCAUAUGAAACAACUUGAUGAAAUUAAUACAGGGAUUCGAUCACAUUUGGUAUGUUCUUAUUGUUAA